AUGGAGGCAUAUUCAACAAAGUUUAAAUUAGAUCCUAAUUUUGCUUUACAUAUAAGAAUGAUAUCGGCUGUUGUUGUCUUUGUGCCACCAAACAAUGUUAUAUUCGCGUUUGAAGGAUUGUUGGAUUCCCCAUUUUUUUGCGAAAAUGAAGAAUUUCUUAAUCCACUAACUAAUUAUUUCGAAGACACGUGGAUUGGACGACGAGGAAGAAAAAUUGUUCGGAAAUCACCGUGUUUUAAUAUAAUGUUAUGGAACUGCUAUGACAUUUCCAAWCGCCAGGUGGCCAAAACCAAUAAUUCUAUUGAGGCAUCACAUUAUCCAUUCAUCUGGAAAUUUAUUGAAUGCCUUCAAAAACAACAGAAUUUGGAGGAAAUUAAAUAUGAACAGUAUCAAUCUGGAAUAAAUAAUAUAAGGAAAAAAAUUAAUAUUUGUAUUGUUAAUGUAGGCGAUGAUUCGAGUAAUAAAUUUGGAAGGAGGGACAAGUUUCCAAGAGAAGUAGAAAUAUACAGGCCUGGAAGUGGACCAUUAAAACGAAGUGGUAAUUUUCGCCAAGACGUUGAAGAUGAUGAUAAACGGUCUGGAUUCGAUCGUGACCUUGAAUCAUCAAAAAAGAGUGAUUUUAUUCCAAAUAAACAUUUUGAAAAUCCAAGUAGAAAAAAAGAAAAUUUUCCGAGAGGUCAAAAGAUUAACGGUGUUGCUGCUGAUAAUUACAGUACAUUUAAUUUGAAACGGAAACAGCUUAAGAAAACACAACUAUUCUAUGAGCCACCUAAUGAAUGGAGUAGUGAUAAACGAUCAGAUCGACCACGAGUGAACUUUGUAAAUCCCAAUGAUUCCAAAGGUGAUGAUGACGGUAAUUGGAGAACACAUAAAGCCCCUAAUGUAGUGAUUGUUCCUAAAGUGGUUAAAAAAAAUGAUGAAAAACCAACUGUUUCAGAAAAAAUAUUAGCUCCAAGUGAUACUAUACCUAUCACGGUUAAUAAUACUCGUGUUAACACAGUACAACAUAAUCCAGAUAAAACUCAUACUUUUGGUAAUAAGAAACGAGAAGAAAAGAAAGUGCCUAGUAAACCAAUACAAACUACACAUUUAAUGUACUAUGAAAAAUUGCCUCCUAGAUUAAGAAAAAAAUUUUGUGAUGACAACCAUAUCUCUAUKGAGGAAGUAGAAGCAUUGUUAACAAAUGGACUACCGUCUCAAGAUGAACAUAAUAAACAAAACAGUUUAUAUCAAUCUAGAAGUCAAACAUUGCCUUCAAGAAGUGGCAAGGGUCGAUUCAAUGAACCACAAAGACAUGAACAGGUAUUUAAUAGGACUAAUCCUCAUCAACUGCCGCCUAAGACUGAAAUAAGGAGACAGCCACCCGUAGUUGUUAAUACUGUUGAUAGUUUACCGGAAUCAAGUAAACGAAGUGUUGAUUUACCUGCUAAAGUUGUCAACAAUAGUCAUCAUGAAUCCAAAACUAUAGAUAAUAAUAUUAGAGAUGAUACUGAAAACAAUUAUUCUGUUAAUAUAAAGCAGUCUAUAGAAAGUGCAGUUUUACUCCCUAGUGGUACAAUCAAUUGGGCUGAAGAAGUGGAGCGAGCUGAAAACAUGUCCAAAGUUGCUGAAGAUUCUAAAAAGGAAGUUGAAAGAUUAGAAAUUGUUGAAAAAAAAUCAAAUUCUCCUAGGGAUAGAAAACAGAGGAAGAGUGCCAGUAAGGAUAGAAAUUGUAUAAAUACAUUACCAUCUCGUGACCAACCAUCUAGUAGUACUCACUCUAACUGGCAUUCUCAAAGUAAUGAUAAUUCUGAAAGCUUUAAUAGUAAUGGUGGAAACUGGAGAAAAGAAAAAUCUAAAUCUAAUAGAAAUUGUAGUAAUGACCGAUCGAGGAAUCAUUCGCGAAAUCAUAGACACARAAAUAACAGUGAAAAAUCUGCACCACAUAAAUCUGAAAAUAUUGGUGGUAUUAUAAAACUACCACCUAAUGUGAAUGUCAAUUCCACUGAUAGCAAGUCACUUAGCCUUAGUGGUUAUUUAAAACAGACUGUUACAACCUCAACCACACAAUCAUCAUAUCCAGCAAAACAAUUAUUUAAUCCUAAUAACCCGAAUAAACCUAUUGUGAUAUCUCCUAAACAACAAAAUGUCAGAGCAGGUUAUCUGSCUGCAAAUAUAGAGCCACAUCAUGUUAAAGAACAUUUUUCAAUGAAUAUUAACAAUACAAAUGCUCAACAAUACUCAGGUGCACAUUAUGGUAGUGCACCGCCCGCUUGGUAUGAUCCAUACUCAGAAAGUUACCGUUCCUCAAUCUAUCCAGUUUUGUUAUUGGAUAUAAAAAAAGCUGAUUCUAUUAUAGGAAAUUUAGUUUUUGAACCAAAUUUGCUUCAAAAUUGGCCAAUAAUUAAUUCAUGCCGGUUACCACCUGUAUUUAAAUUACAUAAAACUGAUACUGGAGCAAGUGAAUAUAUUUCUGUUGUUGAAACAGCUAGCCCCAAAGAUGAUAGUGAAGACGAAGAAAUGUGUUUUGAAAGUUGGAUUGAUGAGGAAAAUGAUUUAAAAYCAAAACCAUCUGAAGACAAAUCCRUUUCUGAGUUACAGGCUAAACCAAUCUCAAAUGAAAUACAGAAGCUUCUAAGCAGAAAAGAAGAACUGGAACAGAAACAACGGAACGAAGAACUGAGACAAAAACGUGUACAAGUAUGA